CUCGAGUCUAUUGCUCCUUCCCUCUCCCACCGCCUCGUCUCAUCCAUACGCUUUACGACGCUAUGCCCGUCAUCACGACCCCCGUUACUCAGAUGUUUGGGAUCCAGCAUCCCGUUCUGCUCGCAGGCAUGAACGUCGCUGCUGGCCCUGAGCUCGCUGCUGCCGUGACCAAUGCUGGUGGCCUCGGUGUCAUUGGUGGACACGGGUACACGCCCAAGAUCCUCAGGCAGCAGAUCAAGGCGCUCAAGGCGGAUCUCAAGCACAAGGAUGCACCUUUUGGUGUUGAUCUCCUGAUUCCGCAGGUUGGUGGAAGUGCGAGGAAGACGAACUACGACUACCAGAAGGGCCAGCUCGACGCACUCCUCGACGUCAUCAUUGAGGAGGGCACCCGUCUCUUCGUCUGCGCCGUCGGUGUCCCACCCAAGCACGCCGUCGAGAAGCUGCACAAGGCCGGCAUCCCUAUCAUGAACAUGGUCGGCCACCCCAAACACGUCGCCAAAGCGCUCGACGCCGGCGUCGACCUCAUCUGCGCACAGGCCGGCGAGGGCGGCGGCCACACGGGCGACACCCCCGCCUCGAUCCUCAUCCCCGCAUGCGUCGACGCCGUCAAGGGCCGCACGUCCCCGCUGACGGGCAAGCCCGUGUACGUCGUCGGCGCGGGCGCGGUGUACGAUGGGCGCGGGCUCGCCGCGAACAUGUCGUGGGGCGCGCAGGCGGUGUGGGUAGGCACGCGCUUCGUCGCCGCGACCGAGGCGGGCGCGCCCAAGGCGCACAAGGACGCGCUGCUCAGCGCGAGCUACGAGGAUGCGGUGACGACGCUGAUUUACACGGGCCGGCCGCUCCGUGUGCGGAGGACGCCGUAUGUGGAUGAGUGGAACAACACUCGCCAGGAGGAGAUCAAGCAGCUGACGGCAAAGGGCAUUCUUCCCAACGAGCACGAGAUGGAGAAGCACCCUGAGAGGGCCUCUGAGGCCCGCACGUUCCUGAUUGGACGCGUUUCGGCGCUUAUAAACGAGGUUCUUCCUGCGAAGCAGAUCAUUGACGAGAUGGUGUCGAGCGCGUCGGAGAUUCUCACUCACAACGCGAGCUUGGUUUCGAACAAGGCCAAGCUCUAAUCUGAUGCGUGGCUGCUGUACCGACGUUCUUAUCCUAUUUAACCGUUUUUAAACACACUUGGUUACCAAGGCGUGAUAAGUACACCCUAAUGCAUUGCAAUCUAAAUAGUACAUGUACGCUUUACAGAUCCGAUGAGAAUUUCACAUGAGUAUGCGUGAGUAUGCGAAGUAUGCUGUGAGAACAACCCCAACCCCGACUCGGAGCCAUGAUCUAUGCAGAGAGCGGCUUCUGCGCAUAGAUGACAUAGAACGGGCCCGACGCGCCCUCCGUCUCCUCCCACUCCUUGACCGCGUUGGCCACUAACGCGUCGUACUCAGCCUCCGUCGUGACGAACCCGAGCCCGCCCUCCUUGAGCACAGGCGUCUUCAUGCCCCUGUACACCGCCCCGAGAUCGUAGUUCCCCUGCACACCGAGCUCGCCCGCCCAGCUACCCAGCGGCAUAUCGCGGUUCUCAACCGUCACGCUCUCGAACCCCAGCUCCUUCAGUAUCUCCGGAAUACGGUGGCAGCAGUCGCGCACCAACCCGCGCUUGGCGCUCAGCGCAUACACAACAUCAUACAGCGCGUCCGUCGCCGCGCCGCCGCGCACGACCUUGCCGUCCAUCUCGAGCAGCUGCACCCACCCGCCCGGCGCGAGCGCGCGGUGCAUCUCGGCGAGCGCGGCGCGCCACUGCGAGAGCGUGAGCGCCUCGAUGAGCAGGCGCUGGUUGAUGAGCGCGAACUUGUUCGACCACGAUGCGGGGAGGUCGACGAUGGAGUUGAGCGAGAAGGAGAGGUUUGGCGUGGGGGCGGUGGGGAAGAGGUGUGCGGAGAUGUCGAUGCCCUGCAGCUGGACGGUGCUCGGCACGGUUUGGUGCACGUCGAGGGCCCAGGCACCUGAUCCGGUGCCGCUGUCGAGGAUCACGUCGCCAGCGUUGAACGUGAUGCUCGGGAAAACAACGCGGUUGUCAAAGAUGGUCUUGAGGACGUGAUGUUGGAGGUCGAGCCUCUUCUUCUCCUCACCGUCGGAAGGCAGCACAUAUUGCAUGCCAGGGAAGGACUGGUACGUCCGCUCGUUGUGGGCAAUAACGGUAGUAGUGGCCAUUUUUUAUCUGGUAGGAAUGAGGAACGGAAACGCGAUAUGAAUUGAAGUGGGGAUGUGUGGGGGAGGGGUCGGCAAGUUGCUGAAGCAGCCUUCCCCACUCCAGCCAACCUUAAAUAUGUCGCGCAGGAAGUUGCGGCCGCACAAAACGCCUACAACCCAGGGAGUGUGUUUCAUUUUUGAACACCGUGAAGUUUGGAGCAAAGUCGCAUUCGUGCUGAGCGCGAAGACAGAGGCCGUGCGCGCAGGCACACAAGUGCUCGCCACCCAGGCUACCUAUCUCCAUCCGGGCCGAGCCACCAUGUUCGUAGUACACCCGAGGCCAUCGAGUGUGAACGUUUGUACGGUGCCACAGGCCCCCCUCGUCGAGAUACGAACCGCGUGUGGGGUGCACUGCAUCGUUGAUCGCGGACAAGCUCGCGACAGGAACGCAUCAGUGUCCUAAAGCACCAUCCAGAUUGCUUUACACGGUCACUGUAAAUAAACACUCCUCCGAGAUCAAGCCAAGGCAGCACAUCCCUGGGAAGCUUGUAAAACCCGCAGUCGCUGUAGCCUGCCGUGAGAUGGCAGCUUCGUUCAAGGCGUCCAGAAUCGAGCAUAGCGACGCGCGAAAACGCGCUAUUCUACUUUCAG